CCUUGGCUCCCACAGGUGGCACAAGCAGAGGCCAGGCUUUUUGUCUGUAAGGCAGAACAAAAUGCCUCGUAGAGUUUGCUAGAGAUUCGCUCACCCCGCCAGACUCGGCGAGGAAAACAUCAGCCAUGUUGUUAAACCAAAGCCCCAGGAGAAAACAUCGGGGAGGCAGAGGGGCAUUUUGACCAAGUGGCCCGAGGCUGGGGAAAAUCCAGCGGCUUGCGGACCAUCCUCAGGGGCCGUUGUGGGACAGAGGGGCCACAAGACCCCGUGAGCCCACAGAAGCCUUCGCAGUGCCCGGCUGCAGGGUUGAGGGCUGCAGACUCAGGGCUCCUGUUGAGCUGGCUCUGGGAGGGCAGCUGGUGCAGACUGGGGUGCAGAUGCUCUGCCUGCUGCCGGCAGGAAGCCACGAGCUACACACACUGCCUGAGAUGAGGGGACUCCACCUGAGGUUGGGCUUCUCCUUCCCAAUUACAUGGAGGGCUGCUGGUCACCGCCAGAAAGUGGCUCCACUGUGAGGGCACUGGAUUCCGAAGAGCUCUGGCGAGAAGCCACGGGAGCCAGCAAGGAUGGGUCUGCUCAGCAGCAAGAGGCAGGUCACUGAGAAGGGCAAGGGCUGGAGCCCCAUGAAGAUCGGCACCCAGAGCAAAGACCCCCCGCCACUGCCACCCCUGGUGGUCUUUAAUCAUCUCACCUCUCCACCCGAGGAGCACCCAGACCACGAGGAGCAUUUUGUGGUGGCCCUGUAUGACUAUGCUGCUGUGAAUGACCGGGACUUGCAGAUGCUGAAGGGGGAGAAGCUGCAGGUCUUGAAGGAAACUGGAGACUGGUGGUUGGCCAGGUCGCUCGUCACAGGGAGAGAAGGCUACGUGCCCAGCAACUUUGUGGCCCCAGUAGAGACCCUGGAAGUGGAAAAGUGGUUCUUCAGGUCGAUCAGCCGGAAGGAGGCUGAGCGGCAGCUGCUGGCUCCAGUGAACAAGGCGGGCGCCUUCCUCAUCAGAGAGAGCGAGACCAACAAAGGCGCCUUCUCCCUGUCUGUGAAGGACGUCACCACCCAGGGGGAGAUGGUCAAGCACUAUAAGAUCCGCUCUCUGGAUGAAGGGGGCUACUACAUCUCCCCCCGGAUCGCCUUCCCCUCCCUCCAGGCCCUGGUGCAGCACUAUUCCAAGAAAGGCGAUGGUCUAUGCCAGAGGCUGACGCUGCCCUGUGUGAGCCUGGCGUCGCAGAACCCCUGGGUCCAGGAUGAGUGGGAGAUCCCCCGGCAGUCCCUCAAGCUGGUCCGGAAGCUCGGGGCCGGGCAGUUUGGUGAAGUCUGGAUGGGCUAUUACAAAAACAAUGUGAAGGUGGCCAUCAAGACCUUGAAGGAGGGAACCAUGUCUCCAGAAGCCUUCCUGGGCGAGGCCAACCUGAUGAAAACCCUGCAGCAUGAGAGGCUGGUCCGUCUUUAUGCUGUGGUCACCGAGGAGCCCAUCUUCAUUGUCACCGAGUACAUGGCCAGAGGAUGCCUGCUGGACUUCUUGAAGUCGGAUGAAGGCAGCAGGUUGUCCCUCCCACGACUGAUUGACAUGUCGGCCCAGAUUGCCGAGGGAAUGGCGUACAUCGAGCGCAUGAACUCCAUCCACCGAGACCUGAGGGCGGCCAACAUCCUGGUGUCUGAGACCUUGUGCUGCAAAAUUGCAGACUUUGGCUUGGCCCGGAUCGUUGACAGCGAAUACAUGGCCCAAGAGGGGGCCAAGUUCCCCAUCAAGUGGACGGCCCCGGAAGCCAUCCACUUUGGGGUGUUCACUAUCAAAGCGGAUGUGUGGUCAUUCGGAGUCCUCCUGAUGGAAAUUGUCACUUACGGGCGUGUGCCGUACCCAGGCAUGAGCAAUCCCGAGGUCAUCCGCAACCUGGAGCGGGGCUACCGCAUGCCGAGACCGGACACGUGCCCGCCCGAGCUGUACCGUGGGGUCAUCACGCAGUGCUGGCGGAACCGGCCUGAGGAGCGGCCCACCUUCGAGUUCCUGCAGUCGGUGCUCGAGGACUUCUACACCGCCACCGAGGGCCAGUAUGAGCUGCAGCCCUAGCCACUGCUGGCUCCAGGGACUCCCUGCCUUGGCCUCAUACCAAGGAUGCCCAAGCCUGGGACCAAGGUCGAACUUAACACAUUCACUUCCAGCUCUCCGUCCAGUCAGACAGGCUGCUAAGGCAGGGAGGAGUGCAUGCCGUUCCUCAGGUGGGAAGCCAGGAGGUAGAGUGGCUUGGUAGGUGGGACUCUGGAGCUGGAACCAAAUAGAAGCCUACUUUUCACUAGCUAUGUGCCCUUGAACAAAUUACCUAUCCUCUCUGUGCAAUCCAUUCCUUGUUUGUAAAAUGGGAAUAGACCGUUUGUGUUUGUCAGCCAGUCCAGGAAAGAGUUCAGAGUGCCCAACAGGCCAUUAGGUGAUUGUCAUCGCCUAGGGCUUCAGUGCUGCCGACCAUAACCUGAGGCCGGCCCCAGCAAGCUCUGAGGGCGGGGCCUCGGCGGGAGCCGCUCCCGAUCGGCUCCUCCCAGACGUCUGCCUUAGGCUGCGCACUGCGCUGGGGACUUUUCCGUAAUAAAGCCACGAGCGUCUGACGUGUUCCGUGUCAUUGCUGGCCACACGCCUGGAUAUUGCACGCAGGUUGUGCACACGCGAGCUGAUGAGGGAACCAUAGGCGACGCGGACCCAGCUGUCCCUGCCCCUCGAGGCCGGCAGGGGGCGCCCUCACCCCACAAAUCGUGGGCCUCUGGGCCUGUGUCCUGGAGUCCUGGGAACCAGGGUUUGGGGUCCUGCGAGAGACCCGCUCCUCGGCUCCGGUGGCGGCACAAGGGCUGUGACUUGGAUGGUACACCAAGGCCCGUGGGGGCUCCCCUCGGUCACGGGGCUCCCCACUGUCCUGCUUUUGUUUUGUUUAUAAUAGCCU